UAUAUCAUUCUCCAUUUGAUGUCACACUGGGUGACUCAGAGCUGUCAGAGCAGUCGCCCACAACAGCGAGAAGUACUUUCAAGUAAGCACUCUCAAAAUAGCUCAUGCGUUAAUUGUUAAUUGGUGUAGGCUCUUCACCCAAAAUGCAGUUUGGACAGGGUUGGAUUGGGGGUGAGAUGAGGUAGUGGAUCAGCGACAGAGGCAGGGAAUGAAUUAGCGGAAUUCCAAUUCUGUAAAAAAGUAAUUGGAUUAAAGUGGUUCUGGUUAAAAUUGGAGGUAUGGACAGCGGUCCGACAUUCGAUCGCAAGUAAACAGCGGUAUCAGAUCUCCUUUACCCUUUUCACUGGAAACAAGGAAACUAGAAACACACAGCCAAUAUGCCAGUUGACCUGAAUGGGUAUUGGAAAAUGACCUCUAAUGACAACUUUGAGGAGUACAUGAAAGCCCUCGAUGUAAAUGUUGCCAUUAGGAAAAUUGCCAACUUGUUGAAGACCGACAAAGACAUCAGUGUUGAUGGUGAUCACAUGGUCAUCAAGACCCUCAGUACCUUUAAGAACUACAACAUGGAUUUCCAUGUUGGCAAGGAGUUUGAGGAGGAUCUGUCAGGGGUGGAUGACCGAAAAUGCAUGACCACUGUCUCAUGGGAGGGGGACAAGCUGGUGUGUGUUCAGAAGGGAGAGAAGGAGGGCCGAGGCUGGACCCAUUGGGUGGAGGGAGAUAGGCUUUAUUUGGAGCUGAGAGUUUGUGGAGUUGUGUGCAAGCAGGCUUUCCAGAAAACCUAAACCAGCACUGGAACAACAGAAUGGCGCACCCGGCCUGAGAGCACAAGACAGACAUAAACAUGACCCGAGCCUGUGACAGAGAACCCCUAUUGUAAUCAUCUGUCUGCCCAUCCAUCCAUUCAUCCUUUCUUCCUUAUUUCCAUCCAUCCUUUUACAUUUAAUUCCAUCAAGACUGUUACCUUGCCCCACUCAAACUAUCCACAACAGGGGUGAUGUGACAAAAAGGAAAACAACUGUUCAUCACUGUACCGCUCUGUCUCAGGGCGGGUGCUCAAUUGAUUAACAUGUUAUAUGUGUGUACGCAUUUGCACUGCAGUAGGUGUGGUAGGCUUUGUGAUUAGUGCCUCAAUCUCUGAUGAUGCACCGGACUGAUAACUAGUGGUGAGCUUGACCACUACCAAGGAAGGUUUCAGUGUAAAGUCAACUAAUAUUUGGGCCAUGAGAGAAGCAGUGAAAUUCAUUCAAACACACAAACUUUGGAUGCUACAUUUUGGGAUGCAUAAAGAAAUAAAAAAUCUGUAUAGAAAAGAGUGAAGUAAAGAAUACACAUAAAUGUAGGAAGAUGCAGUGAUCACGUAACCAGGAAAACUGGAUCUGAAAAAGACAAGACAAUUAGUUGGAUUCAUGAAAUUGAAUGUAAAAAAUGUAAUAAAAAAUUAAAAUCACAGUUUGUCUCUUUGUAUCUAAAAAGUCCACGCUUGUCACGUUCUGACCAUAGUUUGCUUUUUAUGUUUCUAUGUUUUAUGUCUAGGUUGUCUAUUUCUAUGUGUUUGGUCAGGGGGUGAGCUGGGGUGGGCAUUCUAUGUUGUUUUUUCUAUGUUUGUAUUUCUGUGUGUGGCCUGGUAUGGUUCUCAAUCAGAGGCAGCUGUCGAUCGUUGUCUCUGAUUGAGAAUCAUACUUAGGUAGCCGGUUUUCUCACUAUGGGUUGUGGGUAGUUAAUUUCUGUGUCUCACCAUACAGAACUGUUUCGGUUGUUUGUUUUUGUUAUUUUGUUCUGUUGAUUUAUUAAAAAUCUAAUUAUGGACACUUACCACGCUGCACAUUGGUCUGACUUUUCCUACUCCUCCUCAGACGAAGAGGAGAAACAUUACAACGCUUACCUUUCAUCAUCCCGAGGGAUUUUAAAAGUACCCUUUCCCAAUCCUAGCGACA